CUUGGAAGGAUGGUAGUGGACAAGCCUGUCUGCUAGUCAGCAAGUGCUGAAAUUUCAUCUCACCCCAUCAUCUUGAGUUUCUCUUUCGAUUUCACGCCUGCAUUCCAUACCAUCCUACUGUAUCAACGGACGUUAUUCGGGCAAAGUAACAAUUUUCAGUAGAACAGCUUGGAAAAUCUGCAGAGAAGAGUAACAAGGUUCAUCGCUGGGAUCACAUGUUUUGUUUUGAUUUGUUCUGGGCAAAGAGAGGAAGAUUCGCUUAUUUCCACGAAGUUCUUCUAUUUUAAUCGCUACUUUUUUCCCUUGAGCUGUUUCCCGUUGUUUCUGUAUUUAAGUUGAGGAUUUGAGGAUCUUUUCGUACCUCUGGCGAUGUGUUCGUGGAUAUUGUGAGUGCGCAGGCUGAGGGAGGGUUCUGGUGAGAUUGACAAGCUCUUUGGAGCGGCAUCAUGAGAAACGUUCUCCACUACUUCGUCCUAUUGUGGAAUGUCUAGAGUGACAACUAAAUUAGUAGAAUUUCGGUGUGCACAGAGUGACAGAGCAACAGUGUCUGCGCAGGGAACAAGGCUCAUAUAUGGUUCCGCUGUAAGUGAGCGAGUCCCAAAAGAAUAAGUAGGUACUGGGAUAGCAGGGUAGUUAGAAUGUUCCAUGCAACUUCUCUUCGUCCCGGUUCUCGAUUACCAGCGCGGCAAUGAUAGGUACUUUGUUGUUGGAAGCCGACCUGCAUAUCUCCUGCACCUUUGUCUAUUUUUGGAGUCAAUAAGAAGUAUCUGUAGCUCUGAUUCACACAAAGCUUCCGAGUCGCUUCAAAACGACCUCUGCCACGCCAUAAAUGCCAGCCUUUCCUUCUCAAACUCAUUUCCAAACCGAAUACUUUUAAAUUUCGAAGACACAAAGAAACGAAAAGAAAACACAUGCAUAUCUCGAAAAUGCAAAUCACAAACACCCUCGUAACACUUGGGCUCCUCUCCUCCGCCCAAGCAAGCAGACUCUUCGUCUCCUCGUACUCCGGCGACGUCGCGACCGUCGAACUGACCGACAAGACAAACGGAGUAGAUCUCAAAGCCACAUCCCUCUCUCAAGGAUGCAAGUCUAGUCCUUCCUGGCUCCAAUACGACAGCAAGACAUCUGUACUGUACUGCGCCGGCGAAGGAAACCAGACUCCAGACAAAGCCGCUUUCACUUCUCUCAAGGUAGCAGCAGACGGCAGCCUGACUUACUUGAGUGACGUUACCACCGCGAAUGGUGGCGUGAAUACGCAUUCAUUCAUUGCUGGAAAGGAUAAAUAUAUGGCUGUUGCUCAUUAUGGCGGUUCAGCAAUCAGCAUCAUCAAAGCCACCGAUCCAAAAUCUCUUCAAAUCACACACGCAUACAGCUUUGUCUUUAACCCUCCACGCGGCCCAGAUCCCGCCAAACCCAUCGUCCCAUUCAUCCACCAGGUCGUCGUCGACCCCACAGGAGCCUUCCUCCUUGCACCAGAUCUCAGUGGCGACGAAGUUCACAUCUUUGGUCUACACGAUGAUGGACAGCUGACUGAUCCUCCUGGACAGGCCAAGCUACUGUUCCCUGCUGGCAGUGGACCUAGACAUCUGGCAUUUUACCAGCCCGAUGGUAAGAAGGGAAAAACGUAUGUGUAUGUCGUGAUGGAGAAGACGAAUAUGCUGUAUGGCUUUGAGGUUACGUACGCGAGCGGAGCCAUGCAGUUUAAGAAUGUGUAUACGAAGACGAUCUUUGAUGGUGAAGAGUUGCCGACUGGUUCGGCGGCUGCGGAAAUUACGGUCACUCCAGACAACAAAUUCCUCAUCAUCUCCUCCCGAUCCGACAACCUCAACCCACCCGGACCAAACAGCCCAACUGCAACCGAUACCCUCGUCACUUUCUCUCUCGACGCAACAACCGGCAUCCCAAAACUCCUCCAGAAAUUCUCAGCUGGAGGUAGUGCGCCAAGAUCAUUUGCCAUCAACCGAGCCGGUGACCGCGUCGCUAUCGCUCUAGCCAAAUCAAACAAACUCGUCAUUCUAGCUCGGGAUAUUAAGACUGGGAAAUUCACCACACAGCUUGGAAGCUUGGAUCUCGAGGCUGGGAAGGAGCCUAAUUUGGUCACAAGUGUUGUGUGGGAGGAGGAAAGCGAUCCCGAUAUUGUUGUCGCUGGGGGUGCAGCCGGAGGAGGAGGUGCAAGUUCAAGUGUUGUUAGUGGAUCAGCACAAAUUACUUCGACAGGUUCGUCAACACCACUUUCUAGUAGCUCUUCAAGCGGGGAGGAAAUCACCCCAACAGGUACAGCAGGAUCCUUGCUUCCGAGUAGUGCCUCAAGCGAGGAGGAUACCACGACAGCGCAGCUCACCUCAACUGUCACGCACUCCGUGACAAAAUCUGCAUGUCAAGCAUCUAGCCCGCCUAAGACCUCAACUCCAACUACCCUGACGAGAGAACUCUCCUCAAUGAUAAGCAGCGACGAGCUCGCUCCUUCAAAUGCUGGAAAUUCCCCAUCCAUGUCAACAUCUCAACUAACCGCCUCGUCACCAGUAACAAUCUCCGCGCCAGGAUCAGUCUCCACACCAGUAACACUCUCCACACAAACACCAACACCAACACGAUUCCCAACUACUACACCAGGUUCACAAUCCAGCAUCGUAGCAGCUCCUUCAGCUACAGGAAGUUCGUCCAUCGUUUCUCAACCCGGGUAUUUCGCAACGUCAGUCUCUGGCUCCGCCUCUGGCUCUCCUCCAGCCGCAAGCCCAAGCCCAAGUGUAAGUGCCAGUGCAAGUGCCGACUCCAACACAGAUAUCAGCAAACAAUACUCCAGCACCAGCGUCAUCAUAGUGUCAUCACAGUGUACAGCCGUCCCAUCGCCGGUUCGAACGGGAGUUCCGCAAGGAUGUAAAAACUACUAUCAGGUGGUGAGUGGAGAUACUUGUGAUGGUAUCUGUGAGCGGUUGAAUGUUCCGACGAAGAUGUUUAGGGAGUUGAAUACGGGGGUUGGUGAGGAUUGUACGGAUUUGGAGGUUGGUGAGUGGGUUUGUAUUUCGGCUUGAGGGGCAG